GCAUCACUUGGACUAAGGUGAGGAUUCACGGAAAAUCCACGCUUCAAUUUCCUCUUCUUCUGUAAACAAAAUCAAUGUCUCGUGUGCUUUACAUUCUUUUAUUAUUAAUCAUGCUGUCUUCUUCAAGCUUUCUUCUUUCAGUCCUUGCUAAAUCUCGAAAUCCAAUCACAGUACAUGAUUCUGAGAUUAAGAAGAAGAAGAGUGGAUGUUAUGCUGAUAUAGACAGUGGACUCUGGGGUGGCCACUGCAAGUCUUCAUCGAUAGCAAAAGAGAACUGUGCUUUGAAGUGCCUCUCUCCUGCUUGUUAUGAGCUUAUAUAUGAAAGUGAUCCGCUCGAAGAAGGAGAGAAAGACUAUAUCAGGGGGCAAGAAUUCAAGUAUUGUAUGUACAAAUUAUCAAUAGGAGAGAGCCUCGAGGGGGUAAGGGGUUCCUUUGAUUAUUAAGCUUACAGCACCCGGUAAUGAUUCUGAAUGAACAAUUAUGUCUUUCCAUUAUUACAGACAACAAUAACCCAUGUUUUAGAAAUCGACAUCUUCUGUUAUUAUUUCAACUAGUCAGUUGUGUUAGAAAAAUAAUUUAAAUAUUCAUCAACUCUUCUAUUUAAUAAUAUAUAUAUAU